AUGCGGAUGGUGCGUGAUGCGGUCCACGCGCUUUUGGCUCGUACAGGACACGGCGAUGAAAAUGUACCGCUCGAUAGCAUGCACAACGUCUUUAUCGACAAUCAGGGAGAUGCAAUGCCGUCUUCGGAGCUCGUCCUUUGUCAACGGCUGCUAAAGUAUUUGAAACAAGCGUCACCUUCACGGCAGGGAAGUUCCCAGAAAACCUCCACUUCUGAUACCAACGACGAUACGGGCGACGAACACAACGAGCAAUAUUGUUUGCGCACCAAUCUCCGCGACAAUGCUCCCACAACCUUGACGAUUCGCUCUGUCUUGGGAAACAUACCGAGCUCCCAAAUCACACAUCUUACGACUUUACUGGCGACGAUGCUGGCGGAUCGCGUCGAUUCCGACCAGCUCCUCCCCUCAACUCAAGAUGUCCAAGCUAACCAAGAUGCUAUGAACGAGACGGCCUGUGCCGUCACGCUAACCGCAACUAGUCUCACAGCGGCCCAAAUCUACGCCUAUUUGCUCACUCUUCCCGGUGCGCUCGGGGCAGGACUCGUCGACGUCUCGACCCUCACUGCACUCAGCGCACUAUUAAGACGAUGGCGUACGGAAUGCUGUGGUAGAGAACACCAAUGGAACGCACAAAACCGAGUGGAGCAGUCUACUGAUGGUGACCACCCAACUCUGCCAGGAAAACGGCGGGGAACCCAACCCACGCGUCUACAGAUUGACGACAUGCUGAUGGCGUCGCAACCCGUUAAGCGGUCGCGGCAGGGAGCUCUCCUCACGGAAACGGAAGAGUGCUGGGGGGAGCAAGCUCAACUUGCCGAUAAUGUCGACGCCAGCCAAAUCUCGUUGAGCGACAACCCUAGCGACAUGGCUCUGUCACCGUCACAACUAAUUAACGUCGGCUUGCAGGUGGCACAGCAAGUGGCUUGCAUUCCACGGUCCAAAGAAUUUCUCAGUUGGUCACAAGAGGCGCGGGACGCCAUACUGGACGCCGUUACCAGUGUGUUGGCUACCGCUGCCGCCCUCUCGACCGGCAAAAAUUCCACAAACAGUACCUCCAAAGACUUGUGUCAGUCUGUGAAGGUGACUGCUGUGGAAUCUUUGGAGAAAUGUUUAUUGGAGCACUCUUCCGACGAACCGACCCUGACGGACGAUGCCAACGACAGUGAUCAGCUGACUCGUCGCCACGAAUCGGCAGUUGCCAUUCUUCGGGGCCUUCUACCUUCCAUGAUAAUGAAGGAUGUGCUGCCCAAAGGCGAACAGGGAAAAUUUGCCGCUGCUGCGAUCGCUUCGGAUACGCUCGAGGGUUUUUUGGAGCGCAUCGUGGAAGAUAUCUCGGUACAUCCGCAUCGUUGGCCGGCAAGAAUGUCUGCAGAUUACCGAGCAGCAACUCGUUCUGAAACCCGCACAACACCAUCCAACUCAGCCAAAGAUUGCUCACUUAUGAACACACCUACUACAGCUCGGCGUUCUCUGGGAGAAAGUAACGGAGGUGAAAGGAGCAAUCGGCGUUCCAGUCAUGGAUUGACUCCCCCUAGACUCAAGACACCCGCCGCGGCGGCUCAGAAUCAUCGAGGAAUCUGUACUAGCAGCAAUGGACGCCCUCGACCCGUAAUCAGCGCAAUCCUUGGUAUUCUUCAACGCCUCGCCACGGAUAAAGGUUUGGACAAAGCGUCGUCUCGUACCGUCGCCACCGAUAUCUUGUAUCGCUGCGUACGCCACUUGCCGCAUCUGGAACGUGCCCACUUUCUAAAGUUUCUCAUCCGGUGCUGCUAUUCCAAAAUUUCGGCCCAUCGACUGGUAGCUUGCGAAGUUAUUGGUCAAGCACUAUCAGAGACUUGGUUAUGGAGCGAUCACGUCACCACAGAGUUCCAGAUCUCUUCGGAUCCUACCACUCCCAAUUCCGUCCGACGUCAAUCCCUCUCGCCUCUCGUGACGCAAUCUUCCGCCGAUAUGCCUGCUGCCUUGUUAGCCGCAUUGCAGGGACGUCUGAUGGAUCGAGUUCCGGCUAUUCGUACGGUGGCAGCCCAAUCUUUUACAUUGAACUUUCGAAAGGUUAGCGCUGAGCAUGAAACCCCCUCAACCGGUGCUCGCGGCGUUUCUAUUUCGGCAAUGGGAUUGGCCCAGUCCUUCGCCGACGAGGCUUACACAAUUGCGAACAGUCUGCGUCAACGUGCAGCAUGUGACGAAAAGGCCACCGUUCGCCGUGCAGCCGUCGGGGCUUUGGUCGAGCUUUUAAUCAUGAGCAAUCAUUUCCCGGAUUUUUCCUGUUUACUGCAUGCAGAAGACAUUGAUAUCCUCAGAGAAUUAUGCCGGGAUUCUUCGAUGCUGACACGGAAAUCUUCCAGUGAAGCCUUGACGCGUUUACUAGAGCACUGUCUCUCGGCUGAAGCAUCCACGAGUUUGAAAAGUACGUCGAUUGUAAUCGAUCUAGAACAAGCAUGGGUAUCGUCCGUCUUGACGAUGGUGCUCGACUCGGAGCAAGGCUGUAUCGGUAAGGCUAUGGAACUUGUUGAUCGUGUAUUAUUCUGUCCUAUCAUGAGGUCAAGCGACGACGAUGCUGAGUCAGAAUCUCUUGUUUCCGUGUGGCGAAUGUUGGCGGCAAUUGGGGCUGGCCCGGGCAAACAAGGUGCAUCCCGUAGUGAGAUUGAGGCACUGCGCGUGGCUCUUGCAAAGACGAUCGAAGGUGCUCCCUCACGGCCGAAAAUGCUCGAAUCGUUGUUGCGCAAAAUUCAUUCCGUAGCUGUCUCUACUCUCGACGAAACCCAGCACCAACAUGACUUGAUCGGUAAUGCGAUCGAUUCCCGCCGUGCUGGUGUCUGGUCUCUUUUCGAAGCACUAAUGGGCUACUCCAAGGAUUUGUCCGAGAUUUCACAAAUGGUCAAAUCCAGCAACUUAGAUCUGGAUUUUUUGGGCACAUCUUGGAAGAGGAUGUUGGAGUGGACUAGGUCCAAAGAUCUUUCUAAGGAAUCAGCUGCUCUCCUUCUAGGAUGCAUGCGCAAGUGCCUGCGCAUCUUGUCCAAGCUCGCAACCUCUAUUGACCGUGCAUUGGUGCGACGCACGGCCGAGAAUCUUCAAGAGCUGCUUAUUACCUUCUCCUUGCCUCCAGAAAUUGUUGGCUCGGCGAUUACUGCGCUUGCAGCGACCACGAUCUCGGCAAACCCCGAAUCCAGCGAUAAGGAGCACCGCAAAAGGUGUGCGAACUGGAUACAUUCAGUCUUUGAAGCAUGUGAACAAGAAAUCGCCGCGUGCGUCAAUGAAACCAGCACAGUCACAGCGCCAGCUAAACUGACCAGGAUUCUAUUUACACUUGGUGAGGUCUCAAUGAUCGGCUUUCAUGCGAGCGGUGACGAAGGCUCGUCUGAAAUGCUGAGUAGUGGCGAACGACAGGAUAGCACCGAAGUAUCAGUACUUAGGGGUUUGAAGGAGCGCCCCAACUCCAAGCUAGUUCAGCUUCUUCACGCUUUUCUUCCUGAGCGAUUACCUGGCUUUUCUGGCGAGAGAACUCCCGAGGAGCUUCGUGCACAUGCAUUUACAGCUCUCGGUAAACUCUGUCUCCGGGACGACAAACUCGCCAAGACUUCCUUGAACAUUCUCGCAAGAGAGCUAUACGAGAAUAUGAAUAACGGUAGCCCGUCAGUCCAGAACAACGCAUUACUCGUCUUGGGAGAUCUCUGCGUAAAAUAUACGAAUAUGGUAGACCGCUUCCUCCCGGUCAUGGCAGCAUGUAUGCAAUCUGGGGUUACAGAUCUCGCAACAAACGUUUUAGGUUCUUCUUUGUCCUCUUCAGCAAUGGUUCGAAAGAAUGCGGUCCUCCUUUUGUCGAGCCUAAUCCUCCAGGACUACAUAAAGUGGCGCGGCCUUUUGUUCCAUAGAUUCCUGGUCGCUUCCGCUGACGAAGACGAAGAGGUUGCCAAUUUGUCUGAAAUGAUCGUCUGCGGUCCUUUGAUUACGAAGCAACCUAAGCUGUUUUUCAAUCAUUUUGUUGAAUCUAUAUUUGUUCUGAAUCGAUGCACAGCCCACCCCAUAUAUGUUGCCGCGGCAACAAUGGGUGACUCAGGCUCUGGGAUUGCAGUCGGGUUUGAAGGAAUCAGCCUUUCUGGAGAAGUCGGUCGCAUUCGUCGUCAUAAGAUGUACGAGAUGAUGCUAGCAAAGCUGACUGACGAAGAUAAAAUCGGUGUCACGGCUCGUAUCGCCAAAGAUGUUUUGGGUAGUGCCCUGCAAAGCGGCAGUGACUUACACUGCGCAUGUGCUCUAGACAUUCCUUCUUCUAGAAGCACAGGACAAGAAAGUGCUUUCAAUGUCUUGAGCGACGCCUUGGUGGUUCUCUCGAGCCCUAUGAUUCGCGUCGGUAAGACAGCCAAGGAAGACGACGACAUUGAAGACCCGAACGUUCCAAAUGCGUCUCGUCGUGUACUAGUCGCCAAGGGCAAAUUGUUGUCCAAGAUUAGUCGCAAGCAUUUGAUCGAAAUCAUUCUCCCCAUUCUUUGCAAUCUCAAAAGCAUUCUGCAGAAGAACUGUUCACGUUUGCUCAAAGAUUUGAUGGCCUUCUUGGUAGAUGUCUUCCGCCGCUACAACACUGAAGUCAAAGAGUUUCUUGCUAGCGAUCCCGAUUUGCUACAAGAAAUCGAGUACGAUGCCAAACAAUUCCAAAAGAAAAAUCAAUCGGAAACACCUCGUAAUGUCGCCUCGAAGUGA